AUGAUCGUCCUUCUACCCCUCUUUGCCGCAACAAGCUCGAAGCACCCAGGCCUCAUAUCGUCGCUUCCCAUGUCUCUGAACGAUCUUCCUCUGGAACUCGUAAACAUCAUCGUCGACCAUUUCAGUGACGACGUGAAAGCCCUUAAAACCCUAGCACUUAUCUCUCGACCAUUCUUAUCCACCUGUCGCACCCACCUUUUCACCUCUCUCCGACUCAAUACACUCCAUCCAUCCUUUUCCUACAAAUGCGUUUCAUGGACCAAAAUUCUCCAACGUUCCUCCGAGAUUCUUCCGUACAUUCGCGUCUUGGAGCUCGGGCCGCCUGUUUUCCGACUGCGAGCCAGAGACCCCAAGCUGUCUUCCGAGCAUUGGAACGGCGUUCAUAAUUCGGGGCUGCCGUCAAUCCAUGACGACCGCGUUCAAGCCAUUAUGAAAGGCGCUGUUAAUGCCCAAAACGUCACUCUUCGAUUCGAAUUUCAAACAUGGAACCGAUUCUCUGCCACCUUCCAGCAGUGCGUCCUCGACCUCGUUCGACGGGACUCUAUAUCAACCCUAAGCCUAGAGGAUGCCGUGGCCCUGCCCUUGCAUAAACUGCGGACGUGUCGGCGUUUGCGCAAUUUAUCCCUCAUUUCCAUCAGCAACCCUCAGGAGUUUCACUCUGAUGACGACAUGGAACCCGACCACAAUACAAGAGGACACCUAGAGUCUCUUACUUUAUACGUCUCCGACGAGUGCGUCGAACCCUUGUUCGGGUCACCCGCAAGCCCCCUGGAUGUUUCAAACCUCCAACGGUUGGCCGUGAACACCACUGGGUCUGAUGGUCGAAAGGCUUUGGAAAUAAUCCCUUCCAUUGCCCAAUCCAUUACCAUCCUAGAGCUGCGAGUCGACGAUGGAAAAGGGUACGACCUGUGCUCGCUCGACAAUUUCCCCGCCCUAUCUUCUCUACUCAUCAGCGCCACCUACGACCGACACGCUCGCUCGCUACUCACGCUGGCUUCGUUCUUUUCGAAAACACAAAAUCCAAGCAAGCUCGAUCAGCUCCAGAUUCUCCUCCGUCACGACGUUCCCCAACUCGAGCACGAAAAGGGAUCGCAUGACCUGAUGCGCCUAUGCGCUCACAAUGACUGGCAGACUUUUGACCAAAGUUUACUAGGAAGGAACAUGUUUCCUAUGUUGCGGGUGAUGAAGCUCGUAUUGCGGCCCAAGGAUGUGACGACAUUUAUCAACGCGCACCUGAUCUCGACAUUGCACCUCUCUUUGAUCAAGGUGAUGCCCAGACUGUAUGCUUUGACGAAUCCGACUAUUGAGGUAUUUGAUGGCAAGUGUGGCGUCCUUUCCUGGCAGAAGCGGCAACUCAAAUUCUGA